CUGGAGAUGGAUGAAACCAUUCGUCCGAGAAAUAUUCGUCGCAUCUUGAGUGGAUCGGGCAAUUGGCCGUUGCUGCAUUGAUGUGCUAAUUAUUUCUCAUCUCAUCUGCUAAUGGAUUCAUGUUCAUUUCUUGUAUAUAUGUACAUGUACUUUGACAGGUCUAUAUUCAUUGCCAUUCACUGUUCAGAAGACUGAUGAUUAUAUGAAAUAAUAUACAGCACAACGACAAUCACCAUAUCUGCGUGUUAUCGGUCGCAGCAUGGCAACACAACGGCUCAACAUCGAGAACAUCCGCCCCGAAGUCCGAGAUGCGCAAUACGCUGUUCGCGGAGAACUAGCCACAAGGGCUGAAGAAUACAGAGAACGGCUUGAAAAGGGCGACAAGUCCCUACCCUUUGACAAAGUCAUCUUUGCCAACAUUGGUAAUCCUCAACAACUCGACCAGAAACCCAUUACAUUCUUCAGACAAGUUCUGAGUCUGCUGGAGUAUCCUGCUCUGUUGGAGAAGGAGGAUGUGCUCAAGUCGGCUUUCGGAUACAAGCAGGAUGUCCUUGAUCGCGCAAGGACCUUGCUGAAAGGUGUACAGAGUAUUGGUGCUUACAGUCACAGCCAAGGAGCACCUUUAAUUCGCGAUAGUGUGGCCAAGUUCAUUGAGGAACGAGAUGGAUUUCCUACAGACCCCAAGAAUUUAUACUUGACUGGAGGUGCUUCAUCCGGUGUGAGUACAUUGUUGGAUGUGAUUUGCGCAGACGCAACGUCUGGCGUCCUCGUGCCUAUCCCGCAAUACCCGCUAUACACCGCUACAUUGUCGUUGCUUAAUGCUCACUGUGUUCCUUACUACCUCGAAGAAAGCAAAGCGUGGGGUACUGAUGUCCAUGCCAUUCGCCACUCGGUCCUAGAAGCCAAACGCCAUCACAUCGAUGUUCGCGCUAUUGUCGUUAUCAACCCCGGUAACCCUACAGGCGCAAGCUUGAGUCCCGACGAUAUCAAAGACGUGAUCAACCUUGCCCUGGAAGAAAAUCUAGUCAUCAUCGCCGACGAAGUCUACCAGACCAACAUUUUCAUGGGCGAAUUCACAUCCUUCAAAAAAAGACUGAGCCAAUUACAGCAGGAAUUCCCCGGUAAAUACGAUGGAGUCGAGCUGGCCUCGUUACAUAGUGUUUCUAAGGGCAUGGUUGGCGAAUGUGGUCAUCGAGGUGGAUAUUUCGAGUUGGUCAAUUUUGAUCCCGAAGUUGAGGCACAGAUCUACAAGUUGCAAAGCAUCCAGCUUUGCCCGUCUGUUAUUGGGCAAUGCUUGGUAGAAUUGAUGGUCAACCCACCCAAGGAAGGGGAGCCCAGUUAUGAGUUGUAUUCGCAAGAGUAUAAUGGUAUCAAGGAUGGUUUGAAGCAGCGCGCAUUCGCUUUGUACGAGGCAUUCCACAAGAGGAUGGCUGGUGUUGAAUGUCAAAAACCGGAGGGAGCAAUGUAUCUCUUCCCUACAAUCACCCUCCCACCGAAAGCCAUAUGGGCCGCGGACCGUGCAGACAAGAGACCAGAUGAAUUCUACUGUCUUGCCCUCCUAGAUGCAACAGGUAUCUGCGUCGUUCCAGGAUCAGGAUUUGGUCAAAAGGAAGGUACCUUACAUUUCCGAACCACGUUCCUUGCACCCGGGACAGAUUGGGUGGAUCGGAUUAUAAAAUUCCAUGAAGAGUUCAUGGAGAAGUAUAAAUGAUUUGAAUUUGAUCUGCCAUAUGAGUUUAUAUAUCUGAGAUGAUGUUAUCUAUUUUGAUAUACCAAAAGUACUCUUGGAUAGUGCGAAUGCGUGUACAUAAGCUGGUCAGAUAGGAGUUCAACUGAAUACAGAAUCUCGUUCAAGGAUGU